CUCCAGCUCUGAGCCGGGGGAGCGUCCGAAGAGGCUGCUCGGCCCCGCCGCCCGCCAGGCCGUUGGCUCCGGGCCCGGGGGUCCGGCUGUGGUCUUCACCAUGAGUGUCCCUGACUACAUGCAGUGUGCUGAGGACCACCAGACUCUCCUCGUGGUGGUCCAGCCCGUGGGGAUCGUCUCGGAGGAGAACUUCUUCAAGAUCUACAAGAGGAUCUCGUCCGUGAGCCAGAUCAGCGUGCGCGACUCGCAGCGCGUGCUCUAUAUCCGCUAUCGGCACCACUACCCGCCCGAGAACAACGAGUGGGGCGACUUCCAGACCCACCGCAAGGUCGUGGGCCUCAUCACUAUCACAGACUGCUUCUCGCCCAAGGACUGGCCGCAGACUUUCGAGAAGUUCCACGUGCAGAAGGAGAUGUACGGCUCCACGCUCUACGACUCGCGGCUCUUCGUCUUCGGGCUGCAGGGGGAGGUGGCCGAGCAGCCGCGCACCGACGUGGCCUUCUACCCCGGCUACGAGGACUGCGGGACGGUGGAGAAGAGGAUCGAGGACUUCAUCGAGUCGCUGUUCAUCGUGCUUGAGUCCAAGCGCCUGGACAGGGCCACGGACAAGUCCGGGGACAAGCUCCCGCUCCUCUGCGUCCCAUUCGAGAAGAAGGACUUCGUGGGACUGGACACGGAUAGCAGACAUUACAAGAAGCGGUGCCAAGGGCGCAUGCGGAAGCAUGUGGGGGAUUUGUGCCUGCAGGCCGGGAUGCUGCAGGACUCCCUGGUCCAUUACCAUAUGUCCGUGGAGCAGCUUCGCUCAGUGAAUGACUUUCUGUGGCUUGGAGCUGCCCUUGAAGGGUUAUGUUCAGCUUCUGUCAUCUAUCACUAUCCUGGUGGAACUGGUGGUAAAACUGGAGCUCGAAGGUUCCAGGGUAGCUCACUUCCUGCUGAAGCAGCCAACAGACAUCGACCAGGGGCACAAGAAGUUCUCAUUGAUCCAGGUGCCCUCACCACCAAUGGCAUCAAUCCAGAUACCAGCACUGAGAUUGGACGGGCUAAGAACUGCCUUAGCCCUGAAGACAUAAUUGACAAAUACAAGGAGGCCAUUUCCUAUUACAGCAAGUAUAAGAACGCCGGGGUGAUUGAGUUAGAAGCAUGUGUCAAGGCCGUCCGUGUCCUCGCCAUUCAGAAGCGGAGCAUGGAAGCUUCGGAAUUUCUUCAGAAUGCAGUCUACAUCAACCUUCGACAGCUCUCCGAGGAGGAGAAGAUCCAGCGGUACAGCAUCCUCUCUGAGCUCUACGAGUUGAUCGGCUUCCACCGCAAGUCCGCCUUCUUCAAGCGCGUGGCCGCCAUGCAGUGCGUGGCCCCGAGCAUCUCAGAGCCUGGCUGGAGGGCCUGCUACAAACUCCUCCUCGAGACGCUUCCUGGCUACAGUCUGUCGCUGGAUCCGCAGGACUUCAACAAAGGCACGCACCGAGGCUGGGCUGCCGUCCAGAUGCGUCUGCUUCACGAGUUGGUCUACGCGUCCCGGAGGAUGGGGAACCCUGCUCUCUCUGUCAGGCACUUGUCCUUCCUGCUACAGACCAUGCUGGAUUUCUUGUCAGAUCAAGAAAAAAAGGACGUGACGCAAAGCCUGGAGAACUAUACCUCCAAGUGUCCCGGAACCAUGGAGCUCAUCACCCUUCCCGAUGGCCUCACACUGCCCCCGGUGCCCUUCACCAAACUUCCCAUCGUCAGGCGUGUGAAACUGUUGAACCUUCCUGCCAGCCUCCGGCCACAGAAAAUGAAAAGCUUGCUGGGCCAGAGCAUGUCGACCAAGAGCCCCUUCAUCUACUCACCGAUCAUCGCACACAGCCGUGGGGAAGAGCGGAACAGGAAAAUAGAUUUCCAGUGGGUUCAAGGAGAUGUGUGUGAAGUUCAGCUGAUGGUAUAUAACCCAAUGCCAUUUGAACUCCGAGUUGAAAACAUGGGGCUGCUCACGAGUGGAGUGGAGUUUGAAUCUCUCCCCGCGGCGCUCUCCCUCCCGGCUGAGUCUGGUCUUUACCCAGUGACGCUUGUUGGGGUCCCGCAGACGACGGGGACGAUUGCUGUGAAUGGUUACCACACCACGGUCUUUGGUGUCUUUAGCGACUGUUUGCUGGACAACCUCCCGGGAUUAAAGACCAGCGGCUCCACGGUGGAAGUCAUCCCUGCUCUGCCCAGACUGCAGAUCAGCACGUCUCUGCCCAGGUCUGCACAUUCACUGCAACCUUCCUCUGGUGAUGAAAUAUCCAUUAACGUGUCAGUCCAGCUUUACAACGGAGAAACUCAGCACCUUGUUGUGAAACUGGAAAAUAUUGGGAUGGAGCCACUGGAGAAACUGGAAGUCACCUCAAAAAUUCUCACCACCAAAGAAAAAUUAUAUGGUGACUUCCUGAGCUGGAAACUAGAAGAAACCCUUGCCCAGUUUCCCUUGCAACCUGGAAAGGUGGCCACUUUCACCGUCAGCAUCAAAGUGAAGCUGGAUUUCUCUUGCCAGGAGAAUCUCCUCCAAGACCUCAGUGACGAUAGCAUCAGUGUGAGUGGCUUUCCGCUGUGCAGCCCCUUCCGCCAGGUCGUGAGGCCCCGGGUGGAGAGCAAGCCCGUGAACCCAGCUGAGGGCAGCCGGCCUGGGGACCUGGGUCACGUGAAGACCCUGGAAGCUAUCCUGAAUUUCAAAUACUCCGGAGGCCCGGGCCACAUUGAAGGAUAUUACAGGAACCUCUCCCUGGGGCUGCACGUAGAGGUUGAGCCAUCUGUGUUCUUCACACGAGUCAGUACUCUGCCGGCAACCAGUACCCGGCAGUGCCACCUGCUCCUGGACGUCUUCAACUCCACGGAGCACGAGCUGACAGUCAGCGCCCGGAGCAAUGAAGAGCUCAUCCUGCACGCCGGCGAGUGCCAGCGAAUGGCUAUUCAAGUGGACAAGUUCAACUUUGAGAGUUUCCCAGAAUCCCCUGGGGAGAAGGGGCAGUUUGCAAAUUCCAAGGAGCUGGAGGAGGAGAGGCAGGAAGCCCGAGGCCUGGAGAUCAACAGCAAGCUGGACAUCCACUGGACCAUCCCCUCUCUGAAGCGCACAGGUGAGGCGAGUGUGGAAGGACUCCUGAGCCAGCUGGUCCUGGAGCACCUGCAGCUGGCCCCUCUCCUGUGGGACGUGCUGGUGGACGGACAGCCCUGUGACCGCGAGGCGGCGGCCUGCCGGGUGGGCGACCCCGUGCGCCUGGAGGUGAGGCUGACCAACCGGAGCCCGCGCAGCGUGGGGCCCUUCGCGCUCGGCGUGGUGCCCUUCCAGGACCACCAGAACGGCGUGCACACCUACGACCUGCGCCAUGCCGUCUCCUUCGUGGGCUCCGGCACCUUCUACCUGGACAAGGUGCAGCCGUCGGGCCAGUCAGCCUGCCUCGGGGCCCUUCUGUUCCUCUGCACGGGCGACUUCUUCCUCCGCAUCCGCUUCCACGAGGACAGCUCCAGCAAGGGGCUGCCCCCCUCCUGGUUCCGCCUGCCCAGCGUGCACGUGCGCGCCCUGGGGGCCCCGGCCUGAGCUGCUGCUCCCGCGGGGAGAGGUGACCAGAGCGCCCCCGGGCAGGGGACAGGCCUUUGCUGCAACUCCUGUCCACUCCUCCCACCCCUCACCUCCCCUCCUACCUACGGCGUCCUCUCUGGGCUUUGCAGGGGCCCCCAGACUUGGCAGCCGUGCCCCUUCCCACACUGGCCAUCAGGGAUCCCCUGCAAGAGGCCGCUGCUAGGGUGAAUGCUGACCAAACCCCAGAGUGUGGCCCUGGGUCCCUGCACCUGUUCUGUGACCUGGGGUUCACAGCCCAGCCAGCAGGAAGAAGAGGUGAGCGUGAGGGAGGGGCACAGCCGGGAUGGGUCUGGGGAGCCUCCCUCGACCCCCUCGGCCCUUGGAAUCCCCCGAGGGCUGGCUCUUCUCCCAGGGGCCCCGAGGCAGCCCAGCCAGGAGAGAUGGCACCGUGGUUGACUCCAAGAGGAGCCACCUGCCCCCAGUGGGUAGACGGUCACCUUUGUCAGCUGUUCUGGCCCCUGGGCUGGUUCUAGGCUGGGCUCUGGGGGGCCACGGCCUUUGUGUGUGUCUGUGUGUCGGUGGCAGAUUCUCCAAUAAAGGGCCUGCCUCGCUUCU